UUUCUGUGUGCUUAGGUGCCCGAGCUACUGAGGGUCUAAGUCCGGGCAGCCGAAGAGUGUGGUAGGUAACGGUCGUCAGCGCAAGGGUCAUUUCGUCGCUGGGACGGGACGGCCCUCGCCCGCGGUGAUGGUGGUUAGCAAGAUGAACAAAGAUGCGCAGAUGAGAGCAGCGAUUAACCAAAAGUUGAUAGAAACUGGAGAAAGAGAACGCCUUAAAGAGUUGCUGAGAGCUAAAUUAAUUGAAUGUGGCUGGAAGGAUCAGUUGAAGGCACACUGUAAAGAGGUAAUUAAAGAAAAAGGACUAGAACACGUUACUGUUGAUGACUUGGUGGCUGAAAUCACUCCAAAAGGCAGAGCCCUGGUACCUGACAGUGUAAAGAAGGAGCUCCUACAAAGAAUAAGAACAUUCCUUGCUCAGCAUGCCAGCCUUUAAGAUUGAGUUAGAUCGUGGUGUUCUGUGGUUUUAUUUCUGAAAGUAAAACUUGCCAUAAAUUAGAAAUCAAUUUCCCAAGAUAAAAAUCCUUUUUUGUAUGAUGGUAUACAGUUUUCAGUAAUGAUGUAUACAUUGUAUUGAUUUUUUUCCCUAAAUGUGUUAUUU